ACAAUUUUGUGAAGUUACGGUUAGUUGAGUUUUGACUGCCAGUAUGAUCAGGCGAAAAUGUCGGAAGAUAAGGAACUUUAUACUUUGCCUAGCAUUUAUUUUCUGCAUUAGCUUGUUGCGAAUGAAUAACGAUAAAAAUCAAGACAGAUUUUGUCCUUCCGAUACUCUUUUUGAAACUGUGCAUAUAUUUAACUCAAUUGCUGAAGCUAAGUCAGAAUGGAAAUCGGUGGAAUAUAUUAUGAUAAAUGUUCUUGAUGGUUCUACAUUCCGAUCAAUAUUUGAAUGCUGUAUAUUUGGAGAAAACAGAUUUGGUAUACAUCGAUCAGAGGCGGUUGUCGAAGACAGUUUUAAUUACAGAUUAAUAAAGCCGGAACUAAUAGCUAAGAAAUAUAAGUGCUCAGUAAAGAACAUUAAAUUCAAGCCAGUACAUAUAGGACUGGUGGAAAAUGGAAACUCUUGUGAUCCAUGUGUUACAGUCACGUCUGUUAUUUAUCCUGUAGUCAUGGAACAUGGCGCAGGUGUAUGUGCAAAAAUUGCUUUUAAUUAUCUCAACCCGUCGUACCUGAUUGAAUGGUUUGAAUACCAGAUAAUGAUGGAAGUAGAUACAGUUGUAGUUAUGUUACAAUACAUAAAUGACGAAGCACUCGCAGUGUUUAAGUAUUACAAACAAAAAGGUUUAUUGGAAAUUUUGCCGUAUCCAAUAAAACUACCAGGAAAAACAGAUCGUGGAUUUGAAUCAACUAAUUGGCACUUUGAUCAAAGUGUUCAUGAUGAACAGGUUGCUGUUUACACAUGUCAGGCAUAUUUUCAAGGAUAUGAAUUAGUUGCAGUCAUCGAUUUUGACGAAUUCAUAGUGCAAGAUAAAUUCAUAUCAUACAAAACAAUGCUAAAGUCUGAAUUAUUGCCAUUGUAUCCGCUGGCUGCAGCAUUUACGUUCAAUGUAUCUUUUUUCAUAACGGACUGGGGAUUUUCAGGAGUAGAACCACUACUUACAAGUCAAUACAUAAAAAGAACAAGUCCUCGAUAUGAGCGGUUUAAAACUAUGUACAUCCCAAAAAGAACUCAAGAUGUGAACACACAUUAUGUCCAUCCAAAACCUGGAUACAAAAGGUAAUGUCUGAAUAGUAAUCAUUCAAUGUAAAGAAUUCUACUUAGAUCCCAUAAUGUUGUUUUACAUCAUUAUAGAAAAUGUCCACAUGAUCAGAAUUGGAAAUAUUGCAUGUAUUUAACUCCAACUAUCGAUAAGAAGAUGCUUAAAUUGAUGUCAAAGCUGCUCAUGAAUGUAAUGGCCGUAAAAAAGCUAAUUGGUAGCCUCUGAUGUUUAUUAUAAAGAAGAGCUAACGAAAUAUGCAUGUGUUAACUCUUUCAAGUAAAGAAAAUAUAUGUGAAGUGAGCUGGGAAUGCUGCAAAUUAUAAAUGAAGGUUUCGUUCUACCAUUUGUUAUAUUUAUUGAGUUUUAUUUAUUAUCUUAGAUCGGAAUUUUAAAAUGAUCAUGAGCGAAUUUUACAACAGAAAUAUUGAUUGAUUGGUACGUUUAAAUCAACGGAAAUAUCAAAACCUUCCGGAAUGAGGGAUCAUUUGAUCCUAUGUCAGUUACAGCAGGUUCUAGAUAAGGACAGCCAUACCUUUUGUAAAAGAGAAGCGAAAGAUACCAAGGAACAAUCAAACUAAUAAGUCGAAAAACGAACUGACAAUGUCAUGGCAAAACACGAAAAAAGACAAACAACAGUUUAAAAAAACACAACAUAGAAAACUAUAGAUUGAGCAACAGCAGCCCCACCAAAAGCCGGGGUGAUCUCAGGUGUUCUAGAAGGGUAAGCAGAUACUACUCCCCAUUGUUGCUCGUGUAAGUACACACCUGGUGAUAGUAUAAUUCUAAUGAUUGUAGGGAAAUCUGGAAAUCACUCACAGCAGUUCUUAAAUUCAUCACCCGAAUGUUUAGUCCAGCCAUGGUAAUGAAAUGCAAUAAUUUCACAUGCCAUAGUGAAAACUUUUGCUAGGUUAACGGAACAGCAAUGGGGACAGAGAUGCCGUUCUAUACUAAUAUCAUCAUGGACAAAUAAGAACAGUAAAUAUCAAUACAUCUCUUUAUCAACCUCUCUGUUUGUUCCUGUUCAUCGAAGAAGCUAACACAAAGUCGGAUAAAUCCGAACUAGAACUUAUUGUUUCCAUUAAACACAUUAAACGCACAUCCCUCAAUAUUAUGAGCUUAUGAAAAAUAUGUCUUUAAGAUCACAUUCUUUGACACUACCUUACGAGUGAAGUACUGACUUAUUGGAUCUCUCUCUACUUGAAGACCUCAGACAUUAGUUUUUCAUUAAAGGUGCUGGUGUAUAUACAUAUUAAUUUUUUUUGAAAUAUAACCUGUGGUAUAGUACUUUUGUGCCCUGAUCUUGUACAUAUAUUUCAUUGUUUGUAUUAUAUAUUAUUUUUCUAUUUAAUUAUACAUUUAACUCGUCAAA